AUGUUGGGCUCUACUACAAAGAGAAUACUAGUUAAUAGUUCAAAAGGACUGAUUAGAUUCAAUUCUUCUAAUAACAGCAAAAAUGGUGGUGAUGCCGCUAAAUUAAAUUUGAGUGAUCUUUUCAAAAGAAUCGAUCAAGUUUCAGCAAAAGCUACUGAGUUUAAAAAUAAGACCUCAAGCUCGAGAUCAUUUGAAGCAGGAAACAGGAGACCUGGUUGGCAAAGAAGCGAAAAUAAUAAUUUUACUAAUAAUAGGGCCGUCAGAAAUAACUUUAAUGAAGGUGAGCAACAGCAGCACCAACAAAUACCAAGACAACAUCAACAGCAAAGAGAAGGAAACUCACAGGCCAACUUUCGUGGUCCAAGAAGCAACGAAUUUGCUCCAAGGAGUAACACAAGACCGUCCAGAUUUCCAAAGACGGUUGACGGAGAAAGGGCACCAGUUGCAAGAUUCAAUGGCAGAGGCGAUAGACCUAGUGGUUCUAAUGACAGAUCAUUCAGAAGGUCUACUCCUAGAAGAAAUUUUAUAGAAAGCAAACCAGAAGUGCACAAACCAACAGUGGCCAGACCAAUCAACUCCAAACAAUUGACCCCGGUUCCAUUACAGCCAAAGGUUAUCGCUGAAGAUUUCUUUUACGGUAAGGUCCCAAGUAUUAACGCUACUGUUGCUUCUAGAUUAGCCUCUAUUGCCAAAUUAUCAUUAAAUGAUUCAAAAUAUCCGUAUAUGUUGCCAAAAGAAGUUAUUGAUCAGGCAUACCCAGGGCAAAGGAAUAGAUUUAUUUUGCAGCAGAAUUGGAAGAUAAAUCCAAAUGAAGAUGUCUUGAAAGAAAGAGUGCAGACUAUUGUUUUAGGACAAACUAAGGAUUUGGAAUAUAAGGGUAAAAAGACUGAAUUGGCCAGUCGUACUCUUCAUGACAUUAACAUUAACCCAAAUUUAAACUUAGAACAGAAAAAUACCAUGUUUAACAUUGUCAAUGGGUUAACGGAUAUCAAAACCAUUUUCAAGGAUGCUCACUGGAAGAAACAAGCAAGUAAAUAG